AUGCAAACUCCCCAAAAAAAAACUGUUCCUCAAGUUAUGAUAGAAUUCCUCAUGGGAUCAACCUCUGCAGAUCUUACUAUUCAUAUUCCUUCACUUAUAUUGGGAAGUAUACUCACUAUCUUAACUUCAUUAUUGUUACCUAUUUUGAAAACUUUAAUAGGAGAGUUUCUUUUCAAGCUGGCAAUCUUUAUAAAAUAUUGCCUCAUAGUUGGUGGUGUCGCUUUCCUUUUCAAGUAUUUUAUAUUAAAUAGUGGUAGCUUCUCAAUUGGAUCCCUUAAUCCCACGAUUAAAUUUCAAGAAAGCAUCAAACACACUGAGAAGCCGCUCAAAAAAGGAAUUGAUAAUGCUAAAGUAGCAGAACUCACGAAUAAUAAUACCAUAGGUAGCUUUCGAUAUUUUGAUAUUCCAAUUACUAAACUGGAUGUAAAGAGAGACCCUCGAAUAGAUGAACCCACCGAGUCAAUUCCAGGUGGUAAGGAAGAUCGUCAAUUUAAGAAAAGUGAACGAUACUUGAAUUUUGUAAACAGGGCAAAUAAACGGUAA